CAGACAAUAUGGUAUUUUUUGCAGACGAAAAUUGCAAUGUUAGUCCGCAAAAUUGCAACAAAGCGAGAGAAGAGCUCCAGUGAAGAAGAAAACCACAGGAAACCUAACACAAACCUUAGCGAAAUGAAAUGAAGGUGAUUCCAAGCACAAACUAUGAAGAACAAGGAGAAAAAGCUUCUACUUUUGCGACUUCAAUCUUCGUUGCAACCAACGAGACAUGCAUGCUCUCUUAAACUUCAAGCAAGGAGUCACAGACACAUCUGGGGUGCUUUCUUCAUGGUCCACCGAACGAGAUUGUUGUGAAUGGAAAGGAGUGAUGUGUAGUAACAUCACAAGUAGAGUCACCGGAAUCACUCUUCCAUGUUCUGCAACUCUUCAAAGUUACGAGGACAAAAUGGAUAGAUCACAUUGCUUGACAGGUUCCAUUCACCUCUCCCUGUUGUUAGUGGAGUUGGAACUUUUAGAUUACUUGGAUUUGACAAACAAUGACUUCUUAGAAUUACAAUUUGAUUAUCUGCAUAAUCAUACUUGUCAUAAUCUAUCUAUGGCUACUUCUUCUCGCCAGUGUGUCAACUCUUCAACUCUACGUCAUCUUGAUUUAUCGCAUAACUGGAAUCUUGUCAUCAAUACCCUUAAAUGGCUUCCCUACAUUUCCUCCUUGGAAUAUCUCAACCUCCGUCGUAUUGAUCUGAGUAAGGAAACUAAUUGGCUUCAAUCAGUGACUAUGCUUCCAUCACUUUCACACCUCAAUAUGCGUGAUUGCGAACUUAAAGACUUGAGUUUGUCUCUUCAGUAUGCUAAUUUUACCAAACUACAAUUUCUUAGUCUUUCUGCAAAUGAAUUUAACUCAGAGUUACCUAAGUGGUUAUUCAAUCUUAGUUCUGGCAUUUAUGAUUUAUACCUUAGCUCAAGUUCUUUAAAAGGAUAUCUACCUAAGGCUCUGUUAAAUCUUCAUGAACUGAAAGACUUGGCUUUGGAUGACAAUAACUUUGAUGGACCCAUUCCAGAUUGGUUAGGCGAAUUCGAGCAUUUAGAAACUCUUUGUCUUGGAGAUAACAUGUUUUCUGGAUCAAUUCCCACAAAUUUGGGAAAUCUAUCAUCCUUAAUUACCUUGGAUGUUUCCUCAAAUCCAUUGACAGGAGUUGUGUCUGAGAGAAAUUUAGCCAAAUUGUCAAAAUUAAAGAAUCUGGAAAUAUCCUCAUGUUCCACAUUAAUCUUUGAUUUUGAUUCCCACUGGAUUCCACCUUUUCAACUUGAAGAAUUAACUCUUGGAUUUUCAAAUCCCAACCUUCCUGCGUGGUUGUAUACACAACGAUCUAUUCAAUUUUUAACUAUUUGGGACUCAUCAUUUAAGGCUUCGAACAAAUUUUGGAAUUUUAUAUCAAGAGUGACUGAAAUCGAAUUACAAGGCAAUUUGAUUGAUGGAAACAUAUCGAAUGUGUUGUUGAACUCUACAAUCAUCUAUCUGUCAUCAAAUUGUUUGAAAGGUGGCUUGCCGAUAUUAUCAUCAAACGUGAUCUAUGUUUCAUUAUCAAAUAAUUCAUUAUCUGGAGACAUGUCUCCCCUCUUAUGUGGUCAUAAUGUGUCAAAUGAGAAAAACAAUUUGUUGUUCUUGGACAUAUCAUUGAAUAAUCUAUCUGGAGGGCUUACCAAUUGUUGGAAUAAUUGGAAAUCUUUGGUUGCUGUUCACUUGGGAACAAAUAAUCUAUCAGGUAAGAUACCCUCGUCAAUGGGUUUGUUGUCUAAUCUUAAAUCACUCCAUUUGCAUGAGAACAAACUACAUGGAGAGAUUCCUCACUCAUUGAAAAAUUGUCACUCCCUAUUGGUCUUCAAUGUUCGUAAUAAUGACUUGUCUGGAAACAUACCAGAUUGGAUAUCUAAGAGCGUGAUGGCUCUCCAAUUAAGGUCCAAUAAUUUUAUUGGUAAAAUCCCACCACAAAUUUGCCAAAUGUCUUCCCUCCUUAUAUUGGAUAUUGCAUAUAACGCAAUUUACGGUCAUAUACCUAGUUGUCUCGGUAACAUCAAAACCCUAGUUUUUAAUAAUGCUUCAGUUAACAAAUUUCGUUUCUACUCUCCUUCCUUUGAUGAGGAUAGUUACUUGUUCAAUGAUGACAAUCUUGAAUUAGUUACUAAAGGUCAAGUAUUAGAAUAUGAUAAAAACUUACAUUUCAUGACCUUAAUUGAUAUGUCAAGUAACAAUUUGUCUGGAGCAAUACCUUUUCAAAUGUUUAGUCUCAUUGGAUUAUUAUCCUUGAACUUAUCCAACAAUAAAUUAGCUGGAAAAAUACCAAAUGAGAUAGGAAACAUGAAAAACUUAGAGUCCCUUGAUUUUUCAACAAACCAACUUGGCGGUGAAAUUCCUCAGAGUUUGUCCAGUCUGUCCUUCUUGGGUUACUUGAACCUCUCAUUCAACAAUCUAACAGGAAAAAUACCAUCAGGCACCCAACUUCUGGGCUUCUCUACACUGAGUUACAUUGGCAAUCGUGAUCUUUGUGGAUCCCCACUUACCAAAAUGUGCUUUCAGGAUGAUAAACAUAAAGGCAAAGAGCUUGUAGAUGAAGAUGGAAAUCAAUCUAAAUUUUUGACAUGGUUUUACAUUGGAUUAGAAUCUGGAUUUGUGACAGGCUUUUUGGGAGUUUGUUGUGCUAUUUUCUUGAAUAGAAACAUGAGGCAUGUUUGCUUCAAGCUUCUUUAUAACUUGAGAGAUCAACUUUAUAUCAUGGUGAACGUCAACAUGAAUCCAUUCCAUUAAAGUUGCAAAAUAAUAUUGGUAUUUCUCAUUCUAAUGCAAGUGGAAAAGAAGAGAAAAUAAAGGUGCAGUUCUUAUGGCAAAAUUACAAGCAAUGUCAACAAUGAUGAGCUUAAUAUCUACAUAUUUUUAUUAUUAAUAGUUGGAGUAUUUAGUUUUUGCUUUUUAAGUUGUAUAGUGAUGGUUUUCUGUUUUAUCUUUUGUUUUUCAUUUGUUAUGUCUCUAUCAUUUGUGUGAGAUGAGUAUAUCUAUCUAUUUUA